UGCUUUAUUUAAUUAAUCAAAAAUAAGACGUCAGUUUUAUUUUAUGUCUGCAGGAUGUUUUAAGCAAUAUGAAUUUGAAAUAUAAUAUUUCGAAAUAUGUUUUGUAGAGUAGCUAGUCUUUUGGAGUAGUGAAAAGAGAAUGUAGGUGAGUUAAUGCAUUUCUGUGUCAGUAUGUUUGCUUGUUAGUCCAUCAAUUCAUAAACUGUGGAAUUAAUCACAAACACUGUAUUACUGUAAAUUUGUAUUUAGAUUUGCUUUACUAAUAAUGGGUAGGACCCCUAGUUGCUCUCAGCAUCGAUUCUUUGUGGCAUGGAUUCAACAAGGUGCUGUAAACCUUCCUUUGUGAUUCUGAUCCGUGUUAAUAUGAUAGCAUCAACUAAUUGCUUAAGAUUUCUCAGCUGCACAUUCAUGCUGCAAGUCUCCCGUUCUACCACAUGUCUGUAAAUUUGGUUUAGGAUUAUUGGAUUCAAAUUAGGGAGGCCAUUGAAGUAUACUGAACUCUUUGUCAUGUUCAUGAAACCAGUUUGAGAUGACUUUUACUUUGUGGCAUGGUGCAUUAUCAUGCUGGAAGUAGGCAUUAGAAGAUGGGUAAAUUGUGGCCAUGAAGGGAUGCACAUUGUCAGCAUCAAUACUCAAAUAGGCUGUGGCAUACAAACAAUGCUUGAUUGGUAUUAAUGGGCCUAAAGUGUGCCAAGAAAACAUUCCCCACACCAUUACUUCAGCAGCUGGAACAGUUGACACAAUGCAGAUUGGGUCUGUGGAUUCAUGCUGCACCAAAUUAUGACCCUAACAACUUCAGCUGUGCAGUUUUUAUGAGUCUGUGCCCACUGUAGUUAUAGAACCCACAGUCCAUAGCCUUACUGCCAGCUUGAACCAGUCUGGCUAUUCUCCUCUGACCGCUCUCUUCAGCAAGGCGAUUCUGCCUGGAGAACUACCAGAACCAGCUGCUGAAAUACUCAAACCAGCCCAUCUGGUGCUAGCAACCAUGCUAUGGUUAAAGUCACUGAGAUCACAUUUUUUCCCCAUUCUGAUGUUUGAUGUAAACAUUAACUAAAUAAAUAUAAUAUAUAAUAUAAAUUCUAAAGAAAUGUAAUGACAUUUUGCAUUUUGACACUAAAUUUUACUUAAGAAUUACAAGAUAGGGAAUCUCAAGAAGGGAAUUUUUAAAGUAACUGAUCAAAGGUGAUUUGGAUGUGGAAGGUGGAUGAGUGGGAGGCUGGGGGAGUUCAGGGUCAUCACAAUUUGGCUGGACUUUUAGAGUCAGGGAGGUAGGUUGUCAUGGCAAUGCAGAUGAUAGUACAUUUACUCCUCUCGCACACCAAUUAAUUCAGUACAUUCAAUAAAUUGUAUCCAUGCACUUCUUCAGUUCAUAUCCAUUCAUAUCAGCAUUCAUACGCUUUUUUGUUUCCCCCCAAAAAUAGCACUAUGCUCAUCACCCUUGACUCCCAAUUUACUCAACAGAAACCUGUGAAAGUGUGAGAAUUUCACUUGUAUGUGCAAUAAGCUGCAUGUCUUUGCACAUUUGCAGCCGACCCACCUCCUCCUCCUCCUCCUUCUCCUCCUCCUUCUCCUACAAACGGAAUAUUAACUAACGGUGUUGCAGCAACCGGUUGCUCUUUUCGCCUGGAGGAUGCUUACACGUCUCUUCCCACCCAAACCUACAAAUUUCUCCUUCUUCCCCAAUCAGAAUCAGAAACCAGAAUCAGAUGUCAGUUAAUCAUUGUAGGAAGAGCAAGCUGAUAUAGCAAGACUUUGCUUUGCCUCCUGUCACUCACACUACUUGUCACGACUUCUCAUCACUCGACAACAAACAGGCUAAAGUCCUCCAAGUGUUCUCAUCAUGUGGUGACUGGAAGGUCACAGUGCCACCACUGUUAUCUAAAGUCACUGCUACAUGAAGAAAACUGAACAUUUUCUCAGUAGCUAUGCAGAAACAAAUGUCUGGAGCCAAGGUGAGGAUGUGCAAAUCAUUCCUGCGCCGUAACACAUUUGUGCUCUUCACUGUGGCAGCAGUUGUGGUUGGAAUCGCGUUGGGAUUUGUUCUGCGACCUCACGACUUAUCCUUGAGGGAAAUAAAAUAUUUCUCCUUCCCUGGGGAGCUACUGAUGAGGAUGUUACAGAUGCUAGUCCUUCCACUAAUUGUGUCCAGUCUUGUUACAGGUAUUUCUUCCUUGGAUAGUAGAGCUUCUGGAAAGAUGGGAGCACGGGCUAUUAUUUACUAUAUGGUGACCACUUUCAUUGCUGUUUUCAUUGGUAUUGUCAUGGUGAUCAUCAUAAAGCCUGGAAAAGGCAACAGAGACAAUCCAAUGUCCUCAAGUGGCAGCAUUGAAUCAGUGCAAGCUGCUGAUGCCUUUCUGGACCUUAUUAGAAAUAUGUUUCCACCUAAUUUAGUGGAAGCCUGUUUCAAACAGUACAAAACUCUUUACAAGAAAACAGUUUUCACAAAGGACAUCACAGUUUUAAUCAAUGCAAGUCAUGACACCAAUGCCACCAAGUUCAGCCAGGUGGGAAAUUACAGCGCAGUCCUGCAGACCAUCCAGGAAACUGUGGAGGAGGUGAUUCCAGUCUCAGGGUCCUCUAAUGGAGUGAAUGCUUUAGGUCUGGUGGUGUUUUCUAUGUUCUUUGGCUUAGUGAUUGGGAAUAUGAAGCAGCAGGGUCAGCCACUGAAAGAAUUCUUCGAUUGCCUCAAUGAUGCCAUAAUGCGCUUGGUAGCAAUCAUAAUCUGGUACGCGCCAGUUGGUAUCCUCUUUCUAAUUGCUGGAAAGAUCAUUGAGAUGAAAGACCUGGCACAGGUUGGAGGGCAGCUUGGCAUGUACACAGUCUGUGUCAUCAUUGGUUUACUCAUCCAUGGUCUCUUCAUUCUGCCCUUGCUAUUCUUCCUGAUUACUCGGAGAAACCCCUACACAUUUAUUGGUGGUCUAAUCCAGGCUUUGGUUACUGCCUUAGGAACAUCUUCCAGUUCGGCCACGCUUCCCAUCACCUUCCGUUGCUUAGAGGAGAACAACCAUGUGGACAAACGUGUAACACGGUUUGUUUUGCCUGUGGGAGCCACCAUAAACAUGGAUGGUACAGCUUUAUAUGAAGCAGUGGCUGCCAUUUUCAUAGCCCAAGUUAAUAGCAUGGACCUGAACUUUGGGCAAAUCCUUACCAUCAGUAUCACAGCGACUGCUGCCAGCAUUGGAGCAGCAGGUAUUCCUCAGGCUGGUCUGGUAACCAUGGUGAUUGUAUUGACAUCCGUGGGACUGCCCACCGAGGACAUAACACUCAUCAUUGCUGUGGAUUGGUUCUUGGAUCGCCUCAGAACCACUACCAAUGUGCUGGGAGACUCCUUGGGAGCUGGUAUCGUGGAACAUCUGUCACGACAGGAACUGCAGAAACUGGACACAGAUACUGGCAACUCUGAGACUGAGGAGAACAAAAAGCCUUAUCAGCUCAUCUGCCAGGAGGACGACUGGCUUGGGCACCAAAACAGUGAGAGUACAAUGUAAAAGAUCAUAAUACAGAGACAGGCUGUUAGGGAGAGCAUCUGAAAACAUAUUAUUAGAUGUUACACCAUAUUAGCAUGUUCAAAAAUAAGUACGCACACCACACUAUUCAGCCUUAUAAUGAGAGAUCAACUCUGAGUAUCCAAGCAUUUUUCACCAAUUACAGCAUGUGAUAUUACAUACCACAAUUCAACACUUAGAGAAGGAUUUGUUGGAUAGUGGAGUGUUAAAUGCUAUGACUAAACUAUGAACUAAAUUUGGUUCCCUAAAAAACCUUUCAGUCAAUAAGUUCUUACCAUCAUUUUCCACCACAAAGAUCCUUCAACAUAAUGGUAACAUUUAUGGUGUGAUUUUUAUUUUAUGGCGUCACUCUAAAGAACUUUUUCUGGUACUUUAGUUUUUAAGAGUAUAGACCAUUUAAAAGUUUCCCCAGAGGGACAAACAUUAGAUUCAGCUUUUUUUCUAAGAGUGUAGUAAGUUUGUAUUUUUGAUUACAAGUACAUAGCAUUUCUUAUGAGCCAGACUUUAUAAAAGGUUUUGUAUUAAUAAAUCAUCAAAGUGAUUCUGUAUCAUGAAUAUUUGCAGUGGUGGAAUUACCAUUUAAAGAGAGAAGUAAAAGGCACAGUACUAUUUACAAUGUAAAUGUUAUACAGAACAGUAACUGUGGUUGCACUAACUACUGGCUCUGGAUCCACCGUGACCCUUACCAGAAUAAAGUGGUUACUAUGAUGAAUGAAAAUCUUACCUCACAUUGCCGCACAGCACUGUCAUUCAUUUUCACUUACAUUGUCGAUACAAAUAAUAUUUAAAUAACACUGAUUGUGGUUUUGUUAAUUCAUAUUUAAGUCUGCAUUUUAUUCCAGUUUGAUGUUAAUAUAUUAUACUGUUUUAUUUUAUUUGGAGUCAUAUUUUGAGUCAAACGUUUUUUUACAUUUAAUUUUGUUAGAUUUUGUUGUUAGUCAAUAGUUUUUGUCAAAAUUCUACAACAGAUUUAGCAAUGGUGUUGAAUGAUAGAAACACUCAUGCACAGUCAAGUAUGCAGUUGUAGGACUGGUGGUUACUGCCUCUAUGCUCAGCUCUUAUUCAUUUACGGCAUUGUUUCCAAUUUAAUGUAGGCCUAAUUAUACGUAGUAUCUCGCACGUUAAAUAUUAUGAUUUUAAAAUUCAGGGGUAAUAUUUUAAGUGGUUAUCCUUGAUUUCAAAUAUAAAGGUAUGCGUAUGCAGUGCCUCCUGAAAAUAUCCAACUCCAGUAUAUUGACAUAAUAAGUUGAAUAGAAUAAGCCAUCCUGCAAGUACAUACUGUACUGUAUGUGCCUCCAUAAACAAAAUGGAGGGUGACGCAGAAGGGAAAAGACAUAAUACAUGGUUGAUAGUAGAUGUUUAUUGUGUCUUUGGAAAUGGAAAGCUUCCAAAAUGACAACAUAAUACCUCAUUGUGAACAAUCAGACCUGCCUGUUCUUUAAACCAUGAACAUAAUUGUAACUUACCAACCGUCAUGGAAACUUUGAGUGGAACAUGAACCCUUAUUUAUAAACGAUAUGUGCUUAAAUUGUGUAUAUAAACCUUUCAAGGCAUGUGGGAUUUAUCAAAAUAAACAUUUACUUAAAUGCUACCCCAUGCGUCGCCAUGCCGCCCUUAAAACAGGUAUUUCCCAACCAUUGCGCAGGACUGCGCACAGUGCUAAAUAUCAUACAUUCUCUUGGCCCAAUCUAACCACUUCCCCUACAGUGAAGUGCAAUAGACAGAUGUGAAACAGGACUUGCAUGCAAUCACUCUUUUUCCUGACAUCGGUAGCUUGACUGCAUUCUUGCAUGCAGGUAAAUCAAAAAUCAAUUUGCUUAUAUUCUGUAUAUCCCAAGGGUUUUCCUUCUGUAAUAAUUAUUAGAAACUUGUUUUUGCUCAUAAGCUAGGCAAAAGGUAUACGAACAUCAAAAGCAAAGUUUAAUAGGAAGUUUGUUGCAGAAACCUGCAGGAGUGUCUCUUGUUAGUGUGGCUGUUGCAGAAGAUAAGCUUUUUGCAUGCCAAAACACCAUGAAUUUUUUAAUUGGCUCCCUUCUUCUGAUGUGGACCAUGCAGUCAAGCAACCAUGCACCCAUCCUGAAACAACUCUAGUCUGCUUAAUAUCAGGAUAUCCCCAAGUGGAGAGAGGAAAACCAAAAAACUGGAAGGUAUCCCAGGACCUUUUUCACCGACCAAUUCAGUUACACCAUCAGUUUGACUUCCACAAGUUGAACACUGUUUCUAAAUUUGAUGCUUAUUGAAUACCUCAUAUUGACAAGCGCCUGGAUCUGCUGAGCGUGGCCCGUUCAUAGAUAAGAACUUUAUGUAGACAAUUUAUGCUUGUCACAGCACACUGUAAUAGCCCAAUACCUCCACUGUCCAUCAGAGGGCUCAGUUUCCGGUUUUCUAGUUCGUUUCCAUAUCUAGUCAACAUGUGUACCUGUUUACUCUCUGCCUAGGCAAGUAUAACUCCAUUCUCUCCAGUAUUCAUUGCAAAGUCUUGCCGUUUUAUCCUAGCCUGUGUCAUUUUAUCCAUGACCUUUGAUACAGUCUCUUGCCAGUUCUCACUUGGUCUACUGUAAUGCACCAUUCACUGAGCUUGCAAAAAUAUUCAUAUCUACGGUCUACAACGGGUACAAGAUAGUAACCUAUGUUUGCAAAACUCAACAAUGUAUUAGAGCUGUUACAUGAAAGCUCUUCACUUGCCUCCUGUUUUACAACAAACUGUUUUCCUGUCUUAAGCAUUUGUACAUCUCAGACUGCUUGACAGAAUAUAGCUUUGCUUUUUAAGUGCUUAACUGUCAAAUGUACCAAAGUGUUAAAUGCUUAUUUAAAAAAAAAAAGCAAGGGUACCUUCCAUUAAGAUUUCAAAUGCAAGACUUCUGUAACAAAUGCUUUUUUUUCUUGCUUUUUCCUCUUUAUCUAAAUUGCCAUAUAAAUAAAGGUUAUUGUUAGUGUCAGUUGUAAUUUAACAGCAUUUGUGGUUUUGGGAUCGUUAGAACUUUGACUGGAAUCUAGAUUAAAAUAGAAAUUUUUAGAUGUUUUGUUGAGGAGUGUUUUAAAGCAAUAGCCAAGAACUGUGUGUGUGUGUGUGUGUGUGUGUACUCCAACCUCAUCAAACUUAAUAUUGUCACAGACAAGAUUGUGAUAAAAAGUCACUCAUUUUCAUACAUUGUAGACAUUCCAUGAGAUGUGAGCAGACAC